AGCGCUCGUACUUGCCGUCGACCCAACAUGCAAGAAAAAUGGGGGACAACCACCACCAAGCUGCAACAUCGUCAAGAUUGGGGAUAAGGCACGCCGGAGGGGAUAUCGUUGAGGUCCAAGGUGGUCACAUUGUUCGGUCAACCGGAAGGAAAGACCGUCACAGCAAAGUUUGCACUGCUAAAGGUCCUCGGGACCGACGUGUUCGUCUCUCGGCUCACACCGCCAUCCAGUUCUACGACGUACAGGACCGCCUUGGCUACGACCGUCCUAGCAAAGCCGUGGAUUGGCUUAUAAAAAAGGCCAAGCCCGCCAUUGACGAGCUCGCUGAGCUACCUCCUUGGAAACCAGAAAGUUUCAAUACAACAAUUGCUAAACCUAGUAACCAAGAAGAACAUAACGCCAUUCACAUCAACCAUGGUGGAAACCUGGUGGAAAACCUUGCUGCUGGGUCGGGUACUCGGAGGAGAACGGCGACAAUAAUGGGGAAUGAAGUUCAAAAUUUUCAGCAACAAGAAAUGGGAGAUAACCCGAAUAAUAAUUCGGGUUUUCUUCCACCUGCUUUAGUUUCUGAUGAGAUUGCUGAUACUAUAAAGUCUUUUUUUCCAUUGGGAGCUUCAAGUGAGGCUCAGUCUUCUUCCAUACAGUUUCAGAAUUAUCCACUGGAUUUGUUGUCGAGGACCAGCAGCCACAGUCAGGAUCUUCGGCUUUCGCUUCAGUCUUUUCCGGAGCCGAUUCUUUUGCAUCACCACCACGCACAAGCUGCUGCAGCAGCUCAGGCACAGCACAGUGAACCUGUUUUAUUCUCUGGAAUCAGCCCAUUAGCUGGUUUUGAUGGAUCUUCUGCUGGAUGGGAGCAUCACCACCAACAUCCGGGGGAGAUUGGAAGGUUCCAGAGAUUGUUUGCCUGGAAUAAUAACGGCGCUGCUGCUGAUACUGACGGUGGUGCUGGUGGCGGUGGUAAUGGUGGUGUAGGAGGAUUUCUCUUUGGCACUCCUACAUCGCAUCCGCUGCCGCCGCCUUUUGGCCAAAACAGCCAAGUGUUUUCUCAGAGGGGACCCCUUCAGUCCAGUAACACGCCCUUUGUUCGUGCUUGGAUAGACCAGCCAAUUUCCACAACCGACCAUCAUCAAAUCCCAGAAAACAUCCAUCAUCAAGCUACUCUAUCUGGCAUUGGAUUCACCACACCUGGUGUAUUCUCAGGAUUUCGCAUUCCGGCACGAAUUCAGGGCGAAGAAGAUGAGCACGACAGCAUCGCCAAUAAGCUGUCCUCUGCUUCAUCUGAUUCUCACCAUUGAUCAAGUAAAUCAAAAGAAAGCCAAAGUCUUUCCCCUCUAUCUGGUGAUUGAUCUUUUGCACCGGUUGAUAUUCGAUCCAGGACAGUUGACUGUGAACUCGAUGAGGAGAUAGUGUGAUAGAUUCAGGAGUCAAAGACCGGUUCGAGGGAAGAUUUUGGUCGCUUAGAAUCAAUGGCCUAUUGCAGUGGGAAGGAGAAAUCUGAGUGGAUUUCAGGUUUUCCGAUCCCGGUUUUAUUUAGUUUUUAUCAGCUGAUUGAGUUGUAGCUUAAAUUUACAUUCGAGUGGGCUCUUAGAGCUUAACAAUGGUUUCCGUUGGACUAUGUUUCAUGUUGCCAGUCGAUUUGUUUGCAAUGUUUGCCACUGUUUCCUAGUGUUACUACUGGGAUGCAAAA